UCGGGAGCUUUGACCAAUCCUCCGGCGACGUUCAUCACGCGUCUUCGUUUUCAGGGCUCAAGCUUUUCGGGUUUCCAUCGAAUCAGAGUAUGCACAAGUUGAAAGCCGAYAAGCGGGUAAAGAAGAAGGCUGGGGCAGUGUGGUACCGGAGAAAGCGAGUCAAAGGGCUUUUGUUUUUGAUUUUGUUGGUUGGCUUAUUUUUCUUGGUGAAUUGGGUCAUGCUUUCGAGACUACAAGAACAAGAUGUUAGACUUCAAGAACAAGAUAAUAAAGGGGUCAAUUCCAGUACUGGAUUUUCUGGGAAUAUGUCUUCCCCGAGGAUUGCAGUUCAGCAGGGAAAACGGAAGUCUAGUAGAAGGAAAUGGCCAAAGGGAAAUUAUGGUAGAUUGUUGGCUUUGGCCGCCCAUGCGUUGGCCGAGGGAGAAAACAAACCCGAGCCGAAGGACUUGUGGCAGGAGCCAGUGAUUGCUUCGUCUGCUUGGAAGCCAUGUGCUGAUCAACGUAAUUGGGAGCCAAGCAAGAGAAACGAUGGAUACAUUAUGGUUACUGCAAACGGUGGGAUGAAUCAACAGCGAGUAGCCGUUUGCAAUGCCGUUGUACUGGCACGGUUACUUAAUUCAACUUUGGUUGUUCCCAAGUUUUUGUAUAGUAGCGUUUGGAAAGAUGUGAGUCAAUUCAGCGAUAUCUACCAGGAGGAACAUUUUAUUAACUACAUGACUCCUGACAUCCAUAUAGUGAAAGAACUUCCAGAUAAUUUACGGUCCUUAGACUUGGAGGCGAUUGGAAGUGUGGUGACGGAUGCUGAUAUUAUCAAAGAGGCCAAGCCAAGUUUUUACUUGAAAAACAUUCUUCCUAUUCUAAUUAAGAAUAAGGUCGUGCAUUUACUGGGUUUUGGUAAUCGCUUGGCAUUUGACCCAUUAUCAUUUGAGUUACAGAGACUUCGAUGCAGAUGUAAUUUUCAUGCUCUGAGGUUUGUUCCUAAAAUUCAAGAAGCUGGUGCCUUGCUUCUUCAAAGGCUACGUCAACAAGAAGGCUACCCAGGACCAUUGGACAAACAUCUUGUUGGCCCAUUUGCAAAAUCAACAAUGAAGGAAAACAGAGCUCGCUCUGCAAAAUCUUCUAGAUACCUAUCUCUGCAUUUGAGAUUUGAAAUUGACAUGGUAGCUCACUCUCUCUGUGAAUUUGGUGGAGGUGAAGAAGAAAGAAAAGAGUUGAAAGCAUAUCGGGCAGUCCAUUUUCCAGCAUUGUCUCUUCUCCAGAAAACCACCAAAUUACCUUCUCCUGCAGAACUUAGGUUAGAAGGUCUUUGUCCUUUGACACCUGAAGAAGCAGUACUUAUGCUUGCUGCUCUUGGUUUCAAACGCAAGACGAAGGUAUUUGUGGCAGGCUCACAGAUAUAUGGAGGGAGUUCAAGGUUGAAUGCUCUAACUAGCUUGUAUCCUAAUUUGGUUACAAAGGAGAAGUUGCUUUCAUCAACCGAGCUCGAACCUUUUAUGAACUUUUCUUCUCAGUUGGCAGCAUUGGACUUCAUAGGCUGCACAGCUGCUGAUGCAUUUGCAAUGACAGACUCUGGUAGUCAGUUGUCGUCUCUCGUGUCUGGUUAUCGGAUAUACUACGGUGGGGGAAGGAUGCCUACAAUUCGACCGAACAAACGAAGGCUUUCAAGUAUAUUUACGAAGAACAACACUAUAGAGUGGCGGAUUUUUGAGAUAAGAGUUAGGAAGGCAGUUAGGCAAACAAAACACGUCUUGAAAAGACCCAAAGGAAGGAGUGUUUAUAGGUAUCCACGGUGCAAUGAAUGUAUGUGCAGGACAGGGUAACUUGCUUUUUUAUCACCUUAUGAUUUGAAUGUAUUGUCCACUCUAGUUUAGGCCCAUUUGUUUUGUGAAAUUAUGAAAGAAUUAUCCCAUAUUGUUAAUUGAUUGGAUUAGAAGACCCAUUUAAUUGGGUCAAACCAUAGUAUUCAGAUUGGCAGAGUGCUAAAAGAAGAUUUAUGUCCUUGGAAAUUAUCCUGACAUGWUUUAUUCAA